AUAUACAUUUAGACUGAGGUUUAAAAGUCCCCCUAGUAAAAACUCCUUCCUGAAAUUACCCAACGUGAACGCGCAUGCUCGUCACCGCGGAGCUUUCUCAUCACAGACACUCUGUUAUCUGCUGUGGACCCUGUUGCUGCUGCUCUGUCUUCCUCUUCUUUGGCUUUUUGAGAACAACUACUCGCAUUAUCCACCCGUAUACCCUCUUAAACUCCCAACAAACCACCCGAACCAGUGAUGACCCGACUCUCCGUCCUCCGUCACGCGUGUCGCGGUCUGCGGGUCCCUCCAUCACAACCAACCCGCUCAGGAGCUCCCGUCUUCGGCUCCGCAAAGAGAUGUCCGUCGCUGGGUCUGGCUGGAAACCGCGCUAUGCUCCGCUGUGCGAGCACUACCCCCACCAGUGCAAGCUCCAUGGUGAAUAAGUACAGCAAAGAACAAGAGGGAGCUGAGAUCGGAUACGAGAAGUGUGUGAGCGAUGUUCUGGAGCGCACCAGAGAGUCCCUAGUGGCCCUGCAGAGAGACGACCCAGCGCUCCACCCUGUGCUGGCCAUCAUCCAGAGUGGGGAGGACGAUGGCUUGCUGGAGGUCAACAGAAAGAUGGCAGGAAAGAUUGGACUGAACGUCGCUCAAAUAUGCCUAACCAAAGAUUGCACAGAGGAUGAGAUCGUGGACGAGUUGUCGAAGCUCAACGAGGACCCCAGGGUGCGCGGUGUCUACCUCCACCUCGCCCCCGCCCUGCUGACCGGUCGGGUGAUCAGCACCCUCGCCCCGGAGAAGGACGUGGACGGGGUGGCCGAUCUGAACAUGGGUCGGCUGGUGAGAGGAGACCCGAGCGAGGGCUUUGUGCCCGCGGAGGCUAUGGCCGUCAUGGAGGUUCUGGAGAGCCACGGCGUGUCCUCGGAGGGGCAGACGGUGGUGUUGGUGGGGGCCGACGGAGCCGUAAAAGUGGCCCUGCGCUGCCUGAUGGAGAGAAGAGGAGUGGUGACCCUCAACGGCCACAAAAGCUCAGAGAGCCUGCAGGAACAGGUGAAGAAGGCAGAUGCUGUGGUCCUAUUGGGGGCGGGGCCGGCAGAAGUCCCGCCCACUUGGCUGAAACCAGGCGCUGCCGUCAUUCGCUGCGACUCUGCGUUGACCUCAGAUGACCAUGAUGCAGAGAGGACGUCGCAGAACGGCCUGGCUCACCUCACUGCAGCGUACAGAAUGCAGAACGUGGUGCUGGGGUCCUGCCGCUGGCUCCGGGAGCAGCAGUACCAGGACUGGAGCCUCCGCCUCCUGAAGCUGCAGCCCCUCAACCCCGUACCCAGUGACAUCCAGAUCUCGCGGGCCCAGACCCCCAAGUCGGUGCAGCAGCUGGCCCAGGAGAUCGGCCUGCUGCCCGGCGAGCUGGAGCCCUACGGCCGCAACAAGGCCAAGGUGCGGCUCUCCCUGCUGGAACGCCUGCAGGCCCAGCCCGACGGGAACCUGGUGCUGGUGGCCGGCAUCACCCCGACUCCGCUGGGCGAGGGGAAGAGCACGGUCACCAUCGGCCUCGUCCAGGCCCUCUCGGCCCACCUCAAGCUCAACUCCUUCGCCUGCCUCCGACAGCCCUCCCAGGGGCCCACCUUCGGGGUCAAAGGAGGUGCUGCCGGGGGCGGCUAUGCCCAGGUCAUCCCCAUGGAGGAGUUCAACCUCCACCUGACCGGGGACAUCCACGCCAUCACCGCCGCCAACAACCUGGUGGCCGCCGCCAUCGACGCCCGUAUGCUGCACGAGGCCACGCAAUCGGACAAGGCCCUGUUCAACAGGCUGGUACCCUCCGUGAACGGCGUCCGGAAAUUCUCCCCCAUCCAGAUCUCCAGGCUACGGCGCCUGGGCCUCAGUACAACAGAACCAGCCUCUCUGACGGCGGAGGAGGUCCGCGCCUUCGUGCGGCUGGACCUGGACCCCUCCAAGCUCACCUGGCAGAGAGUGGUUGACACCAACGACCGCUUCUUGAGGAAGAUCACCGUGGGCCAGGCCAGCACGGAGAAAGGCCACAGCAGAGAGACGGGCUUCGACAUCGCGGUGGCCAGUGAGAUCAUGGCCAUCCUGGCCCUGGCCGACGGCCUGGGGGACAUGAGGGUCCGCCUGGCCCGCAUGGUGGUGGGAACCAGUCGCUCGGGACAGCCAAUCACAGCGGAGGACCUGGGCGUGAGUGGGGCCCUUGCUGUGCUGAUGAAGGACGCCAUUAAGCCCACCCUGAUGCAGACCCUAGAGGGUACACCAGUAUUUGUCCACGCCGGGCCCUUCGCCAACAUCGCCCAUGGCAACUCGUCGGUGCUGGCCGACAAGCUGGCUCUCAAGCUGGUGGGACGCGACGGCUUUGUGGUGACGGAGGCCGGAUUCGGAGCCGACAUCGGGAUGGAGAAGUUCUUCAGCAUCAAGUGCCGCGCCUCGGGGCUGCGGCCCAGCGCGGUGGUCCUGGUCGCCACCGUCCGGGCCCUCAAGAUGCACGGCGGGGGUCCCAACGUCUCUGCAGGGUCACCUCUUCCUAGAGAGUACAUCGACGAGAACCUGAGCCUGGUGACGGGCGGUUGCCAUAGCAACCUGAGGAAGCAGAUCGAGAUAGCGCACCUGUUCGGUGUGCCUGUGGUGGUGGCGCUCAACGUCUUCAAGACGGACACGGCGGCGGAGAUCGCGCUGGUGUGCCGGCUGGCCCUGGAGUGCGGGGCGAGGGCGGCCGUCCCCUGCCACCACUGGGCCCUGGGGGGCCGCGGCUCGGUGGAGCUGGCCCGCGCCGUCAAGGAGGCCAGCGCCGCGCCAAGCCACUUCCAGUUCCUGUACGAAACCGAGAUGCCCAUCGUGGAGAAGAUCCGGACCAUCGCCCAGAAGGUGUACGGCGCCGACGACAUCGCCCUGUCCCCGCAGGCGGAGGCCGAGAUCCAGACCUACGAGCAGCAGGGCUAUCGCUCGCUCCCCAUCUGCAUGGCCAAGACCCACCUGUCCCUGUCCCACAUGCCCGACAAGAAGGGCGCGCCGACAGGCUUCACCCUGCCCAUCAGGACCGUCCGGGCCAGCAUCGGGGCGGGCUUCAUCUACCCGCUCGUGGGCACGAUGAGCACCAUGCCGGGCCUGCCCACCCGACCUUGCUUCUACGACAUCGACCUUGACCCUGUCACAGAGGAGAUCACCGGGCUGUUCUGAGCACGCUCAGACCAGAGGUCGACAGUAUCGUUGUCAGGAUCCACAGCCUGAAAGGACAAUCAGCCAUUAUUAUGAACCAUCGUCUCCUUCAGGGAAGCCUUCUUCUAUCAGCGUUACAUCAAGUGUUGGUUAUCUCCGCACUGCUGUGUGUAUGUGUGUGUGUUUGUAAUAUGCCAAAGUGGGGACCAAUGUUCAGGUGGUUUUACCUACCAGCUGUUGAACUCUGUCCAGAGAGAGUUGUUUCGUUUACUUUGUCAAACCAUUAAGAAUUUAAGCUUAAAUGUGUCAAAUGUUCUGACUUGAGAGUGAAACCUUUUAUAUAAUCAGUCUUCUAUUAUUUCUACCAAAAGAAAGCUUGGUGCUUACGUUACACUUAGUAGUGUUAGUAUUUAUUCACGUGGACCAAAUUGCUUUUUUUACGCACAAACGUUGGUGUAGCCUUUUUACCUAUCUGACCUAUGAGCUGGGCCUCAGCCAACCGUCAACACUAAAGCCAGGGUUGGUACUUGCAUUCCCUGCCGCAGCUUAACACGGUACGGCCGAAAAUGCAUUCAAAGGAAACGCGUCCUCACUGCGGUUGAGGCUGUGAGUCAAAACACCCGCGUCUCAACUACCUUCCCAAAGAUACUGAAACAAGUUCUCGUCUGGGGCUGCUGUGCUCCAGCGAAGUUUAAAAACUGUUUUGUUUUUUUGUUCCGUUAAGAUGGAAACCUUUUUGUGGACGUUUCCUUUCUGAAUAAACAUUUCUGUUGUACUCCGACA